AUGGUUCUUAUGGAGGAGGUUGAGGCAGCUAACAGGGCAGCUAUUGAGAGCUGUUACAGAGUCGUUGGUUUGGUGUCUCAACAGCCCCAAAAUCAGAAUCAGUUGAAGAGCUUAGUUGCGGAAACUGGGGAAGCUGUUCAUAAAUUUAAGAAGGUUGUUUCUCUUCUUAGUUCUACUCUGGGUCAUGCCAGAGUCCGAAAGGUUAAGAAGAUCCAGAUUCCAUUUCCUCAGAAUAUCCUUCUCGAAAACCCAAUGUGCAGAACUGAUGAUCAUCAACCUAAAGCCCUCCAGCUGCUUAGCUUGAAUCCCCCUGACAAUCCUGUUCAGGAUUCAGGUUCUAAUGUUAAAAGUGGUCUUACAUUGGGGAAUCCUUCAUUGGAGAUGAUCUCACAUGGUAAAAAUACUCUUCAGCUUGGCCAACAAACUCAACACCAACAGCCUAACUACCAUCUCCUCCAGCAGCAGCACCAGCAACGACAACAACAAUUACAGCAAGAGCAGCAGAAGUAUCGGCUUCAGCAGCAGCAACAGCAACAACUGAAACAACAGGCAGAACUAAUGUAUCGGCGUAGCAAUAGUGGCAUUAGUUUGAAUUUCGUUAGUUCAACAUGUACACCAACUAUGUCCUCCAAUAGAUCAUUCAUAUCUUCGUUGAGUAUGGAUGGGAGUGUGGCCAAUCUGGAUGGGAAUUCAUUCCAUUUAAUUGGAUCCUCCCGCUCUGCUGACCAGAGUUCUUUCCAACACAAAAGAAGAUGUUCUGGCAGAGGAGAGGAUGGGAGUGUCAAAUGUGGUAGUAGUGGACGGUGUCACUGCUCAAAGAAGAGGAAACAUAGGGUGAAGAGAUCAAUUAAGGUACCAGCUAUCAGUAACAAGCUUGCGGAUAUCCCUCCUGACGAGUACUCUUGGAGAAAGUAUGGUCAGAAACCAAUUAAAGGCUCACCCCAUCCAAGGGGAUAUUACAAAUGCAGCAGUGUUAGAGGCUGCCCUGCCCGAAAGCAUGUUGAAAGAUGCUUGGAGGAACCUUCGAUGCUGAUUGUCACCUAUGAAGGGGAACAUAACCAUCCAAGAUUGCCGUCACAAUCAGCUGCUACCUCAUAA